UGUCAUGUGUCAAAAAAAAUCUGUCAUCAGUCGCUCGCUGACCCUUCACCUCGUCAGUGUUUCAAACGUAAUUUUUUUUCUUUUUAGUUUUUAAGACCACACGGAUUCUUCCGUAUUUUCUUAAAAAAAUGCGACCCCUUUAGCAAAUAAGACCACCAUCAUCGCCCAUUUGGAGAAUAAGAGGAUCGAAUAAGAUGGGGAACCACGCGUCGUCGAAUGGGGCUAGUUUGAAACGGGGCGGUGCGUUCACGAUCGGUUCAAGUACUCAAAGGGAACGAAAAAAAAGUUUGGCUAAAUCGGAAAAUAGUACGGGUGGAGGUGGUACAACUAGCGGAGAUGAAAUAGAAUCGGUUCCAACGAUUAUGUCUCCGGUUGAAAAACUCGCAAAGAUCUUGACUGAGAAAUCAAAAGAAGAUGAAGGUGUGAACGGUGUGAGCCUAUCAACAUUUACCCUUUAUUUGUUUCCUCGAUAUCAACUUUUGGCUGAGAAGCUCUUCAAUCAUUUUCAUCGGCAAUCAAACAGUUUACGAUCUUAUAUUACAACCAGUGAUUUUAAAAUGCAAACGGAAAAAUUUCUCGCUAUACUGGAUGACGCUUCAGCAAUUGAUAUAAUCGUCCGAAUGUAUUCUGUUUAUGAUGCAACGAAAGAAAACGCGUUUGUUACACCCGAAUCGUUACGAAGUCUUCUGAUGUGCUCUUAUCAUAUAGCAAUGGACCAUUACAGUGAAGGUCCACAAAUGUGCCUCUUAAUAAAUAAGACGUUAAAAGCAGUCGUUGAUAGUUGUUUUCAUUCGAAAACGCAACUUUCAAUGCAGUUUGUGUCACAUUGGUUGGCGGCGAAUACCCCUAGAUUAUUGCUGCCAAUUCAUCGGUAUUGCGUGCAUUGUUUAGCAACUUCUUAUCGUACUUUGGAAAUUGAUGGACCUCCUCUAGCGGCAGCGAAAAUGGAAAAGUUCCUUGUGGAUAAUAAAAGUGGUGAAGGGUUAGAAUUAGCGACGCCGGUGUUGGAUCAACCGCCGAUUUUCGGGGAUAAACCCCCGCACCCUCAUUUACUUCAAAUGAGUAUGUCUUGGUUGCUAGCGGGUGCUUUAAGUCCGAAUUAUUCGAGACCGAGGCGGGCUAAUUCACCCAGUAAUAGCGGAACAGGUUUAGCAAGUGUAAAUUUCUUAACUAAACUUUUGUUCGCGGUGCCGUCUCAUUGGUUAAUCCUCUAUGAUUCUAAUGAACAAGGUUUGGGAGCUAAUCGGUUCCUCCACCACGUUUUGGCUUAUAAAGGACCGACGUUAAUUUUAAUAAAAGCUGGUGAUGGGUCACUUUUUUGCAUCGCUUCGUCUUGUGAGUGGAAAGAGUCCCAUUUGUAUUGGGGAGGAGAAGAUUGCGCCGCAUUUCAAUUAUUACCGAAAUUUUUACUCCUCGAAAAAGGUUCGAAGAUGCUCUACUUAAACACAACGGUUCGGGGUUACCCGCAAGGAUUGCGGGCAGGGAAAGAUCCCAGAAAUCCAAUAAUUUCCGUUGACGGUGGAUUUGAAAAGUUUGAGUUUCGUAAAAUUCCACUUUCGAUAAGUUGUAUUGAGGUGUGGGGUUGUGGCGAUCAAAGUAGCCGUGAAACGCAGUUGGAUAUUAAAAAAUGGCAGUUUAAAGAAGCUGAAAGGCAACAAACUGUCAAAUUGAGCGCUGCUGAUUGGCUGGAUCAUCCGGAUAGGUAUUUAUUAGAGCUUGCUGGGCGCCCGGUUUAUAACCAAAAGCAAACUUAAAACGAUUUAAAUUAGAUUUUUAAAAACUUUUUUAGCACAAAGUGCCAUUUUUUGAAACAAACUUAUUCCAUCUUAUCUUAAUUACCUCUCCCCCUCCCCCCUUUUUUUACUCCCGUUAUGUUUAGUCCCUGAAUCCGAAACCGGAUGUACUUAACAAAUGAAAUAUUGAGUUUAAAGUA